AUGUGUGAAGUUUUGGAGAUCAAACACCAAUUACCUCCAUUCCACUCUUUGAAAUCAUAUGAAUACAAUGGACAGCAAUACUUUGCAGCAGAUGAAAUUAUUGAUUCUUUUUUUGUUGGAAAAAACGAAAAAACAUCAAGAUUACUUCUCACCAUUAAAGAUGGCAAAGAUACACUCAAUCAUCAGCAGCAACAGGCUAUCGGAUUGCCAUCUCCCUUCCGCAAUGGAGUCAUCAUCACGAAUUUGGUAGCUUCAUUACAAACAAUUCUUAAAUUAUCUACAGGCAAAAAAGAUCAAGAAAAACUAAUACGCCACAUAUUCACCACUUUUUCAAAAGAAACGAGCUUGGUUGAUGUUAUGGAUUUUGAUAACGAGAUCGAUAGUGAAAUAUGGAAUGAUUGUGAUCAAUGUUAUAGUAAUUGUGAAGACAACAACAACUUAAUCAACGAAGCCGCUCUUUAUUUUGAUGACGUAGACAAUGACGAAACAGAAGAAAACGAUGAAGAAUUUAGUGAUGAUUUAUUUCAGUUCACAAAUUUCUCCUCAAUAGGUGAACAAAAUCAAACCGAUCAAAGUGAAGAUAACACCAUCAAUACCAUCUUGAAUUUAAUCUCUGAAAAUGAAAUGAACACGCAACAUCAACCACCAAUUUCAGAUUUUCCAUCUCCACCAAGCCAGGACCAGACUCAACAAUUCAAUCCAUCUCAAAACACUCACCCACACAGCCCGCAAUUAAAUCAUAUGGAUCCGUUUGUGCAUACUAAUGAGCUAUUUCAUCAACAACUCUCUCAACAUUGGCUUUGGCAUUACUUGAAUACUCAUUUACACUCUCAUGGGAAUGGAUUGACUAAUAAUUCACAACAACUUACAAAUGAACAUCAACAACAUUCGCAUCCUAUUUUCACAAACCAUGCUUGUUCACAUCAUCCUAUAUCAAGCAAUAAAGAUACCAAUACCGUCAACAUGAAAUUUUGGGAAUGUUCACAUUGUGGAUGUCAUGAUAUCCAAGCACAUGACCAUAAAUAUUCAAGUAUGCAGUUAGGACAAGAUUCUUUUACUCGCAAUAACAAAGAUCGAGCUAGAGAAAUGGUAUCAGUAUUUGAGAAAAUGUUAGGGACUCUUGGACACAAUAUUCACGCCUGGUUUGAAACAUUCUUGCAAACAAAAGAAGGCAUUCAAAAAACAAUUAAUAUUAUAGAAAAAAACUUGAAAGAAAACAUUCGGUACAAACAACUGAAACAAUAUCUUAUCGAAAAAAGAGAUCCUACAAUAGUUCAGUAUUGGAGAGACAAUAAUUUAAUUUCUGAUAAUACUUAUCACAACCUUCGAAAAGAAGUUUCCUUAAUGAAGGAGUUGCCUUGUAAGAAAGAAAUGAGUAAUUUAAAAAAACAAUUGAAUGAGAGAGUGGAAGAAAUAUUCAAAUUAAGAUGCCCAAGUGCUGAAUUCAUUGGUCACAUCAUAGAUUUAGAUGAAGCUAUUUAUUAUAUUCUAAAGUUAUAUCGAUCUCUAGGAGGAAAACUUAAAAAGAAAAUAUUUUUCAAAAUUUCUGUGGAUGGACGUGAAAUUAACAAAGUGAAACAAGUAGCCGUUGCAUUAGUUCCUCUUAAUUUAAGAGAUGUGUUUCCUUCUCAAGCUGUAUCCUCUGUCUUUUAUAUUGGAUUAUUUCAAAUGUCUGAAACAAAAGAGAGUAUUAAGGAAACCAUUGGAACAUUGACAGACGAAAUCAAAGCUGUGUCACAAAAAACAUAUUUUGAAAAAUCUGAGGUUCAUUUGUUCUAUGUUUCAGACAUGCACAAUGUUGGAUUUACAUUUGAAUUUGAUAUUUGUCCAUACUGCAUGGCAAAAACUGUUGAAGAAUUUGGAGCAAACAAUCGAACAACCCUUGGAGGUUCCUUGCCAUUCAGUCCUAAAGAUUUAAUUAUGUGUGCUCUUCAUGUUAAACAGCGAUUAGUUGAAAAUACAAUUGCUUAUAUGGCUUCAAGUGGGCAAUACAAUAAUACCAUAUUGCAGAAUUUGCAAAAAUUAAAAGGAUUAGAGCAUUUUAAUUGGAGAGAGUUGAAACAACGAGUGACUGAAUAUGGUAUUUCACAAUCGUCAGAAAGAGUUACUGCCAAAUCGAGCAUGCUGUCUGGGGAUCAAUGCAACACAAUUUUAAGUAAUGUUGAAGUGAUAGUGAAUGACAUCGAACAGCACACUAAGGAGAAAUAUUUGAAUAUUUUGAAAUUAUUAAGGAAUAUUAUAAUUAUCGUUGAGGCUAAACAAGAUGAUCCCAAUACUAAACAAAUACUUACACCAGACAGAAUCUUUAAAUUGGACAAGAUGAUCAUGGAGUUUUUAUGUGCUUGUUAUCGAAUAUGGAGCAAAGGUAUCAAAGCUCAUUAUUUUCAUUUUCUUACACAUCUUCCAUCUAUGAUGACAGAAUUGCUCGACGAUGACUUGUCCUUAUCUAUUUUAAGUAAUCAAGGGUUCGAACGUUCUCAUUUGUUUCACCAUGCCGUGUUUAAUAGAGUGAUUAAUAACGGUGGUGGUCGUCACAAAAUUCAUGUAACCAAACAAUUGCUGUUAUGGCAAUGGCGAAAAGUCCUGACUGCGAUUGAUAUAGGAGAGAAAUUUGGAAGUACUUAUUGGAAUGAAAAACGGCUCAAACAAAUUUAUUCAUGGAAUUCAAUUCACCUCAAAGAAGCACCUCAAGAAUUACACGAUUUGUAUUACGAUUUGGAUGAGUCGAAUGUGGAUCUUGCUACUUUGCAGCAAACUAUUUCUACAAGCUUUCAAGAACAAGAGCAACAAUCACAAAACACAGAAAAACAAUCAGAGAAAACGACAACCAAGCGAAAACAAGCAAAGAAUACACGACAAAGCGACCAGGCGACCAGUUUUAGUGGAACAAUGAGUACACAAGUUUCUCAAAAGAAACGAAAAUUUUAA